AUGGGCGCAGAAGCGAUAGGGAAUGCGAACUCUGAUGAUGAUUCGCGAAGAAGGAUCCUAAGUCAUGCAUGUCGUAUAUACAUUCUUUCUGAAAAACUUCCCAAAGAGGAGUGGCAUCGCUUGCUUUCCUUGGCAGGCUCCCUGGGCGCCGCAGUUUGUGAUGAUCGUCGUGAUGCCAACAUUCUGCUGACCGACAUUCGAGCUCCCAAGCGCAUUGAGAGGCAUACGAGCGAGGAGGAGCGGGCCACGAAAGCCAUUGUUAAUGUAGCAUGGCUCGAUACUUGUGCCAAACAGAGAGUAUGCGUGGAUAUGGAGGCGUACCGUGCGUACGGUCUGAUUGAUGGCCGCGAAACCGACUCGCUCGACCUGGAUGCUACGCCCACGCCUCCUUCGUCGCGUGAAGGCUCUACAGAGCCCACCGACUCGGCAAGUCGUCCCAUGAACAUGUCGGACUGGGUCAAUUCCGAGUUUGCUGUAUUCCGCCGUACACCUCUUGUUAGUGAAUUUAACCAACCAUUAGUGGACGAACUUCAAGUUUUACGCGAGCAUCGACGACUCACAGGUGAUGCUACGAGUGAGAUGGCCUAUAUGCGGGCAGCCUCUGCUGUGAAAGCGUACCCAUUGCCGCUUCGUGAUGUCAGUGAAGAGAAGUUACGGACCAUCAAGGGAAUUGGCGCCAAAGUGGCUACUCUUAUACGACAAUUCUAUGACGAAGGUGGAAUUGCGGAAGUGUGUGUUAUUCGCCAUGAUCAGGCCAUACAGACCCAGCUACAAUUUAUGAUGCUCUAUGGCAUUGGGCCGCGAACGGCACAGCGUGCGUAUCAAGAAGGAUGCCGUACACUGGAAGAUGUGACGCGACGCCAACAUACCCACUUGUCGUCACAAUUAGGACCUGCUGCAAGCUUGGCACUCUUACCGGAUUUAUCGCAGCGUAUAUCGCAUUAUGAAGUGCAGUGGAUCACCGAAGAGGUGUGUGACUUGGCCUGUCUAACCCAGAUUAUGCAAGAUAUGCGUGGUUAUCUACCAGAUGCCAGGCAUACUAUCUGCGGGAGUGUACGCCGUGGAAAAGAAGAGGUCGGCGAUAUUGAUCUUGUUAUAACGUCAGAGGCCGAGCCUGACAAUCACUCUUUCAUCUUGGAGAAGCUGCUGUCAAAAUGGCGUGAGGAUGAGCGUCUGACACACACGAUCUCUGUCACGCAGCCCGAGUCACAUGGACGUGUGCAUGUGGCAGAGAUUGUGUAUGUGUCGCACUAUCAUCCUCAACCUGUGCACCGCCGCGUGGACUUGGUCUUCGUGGCACAAGCCCAGUAUGGUGCUGCUAUUUUGGCAUGGACAGGUAGCAUCACCUAUGAACGUGAUCUGCGCCGCUGGGCACGGGCGCGUGGCUACAUGUUUUCACACAUGGGAUUGGUCCAUCUAGAUACAAUGCAACUCGAGCCUACACCAACAGAGGCGAGUGUGUUUGAGUUGCUAGGCCUACCAGCCAUACCACCCACACUGCGGAAUGCCGACUGA